AUGCGGGAGAGGCAGAUAUCUUCCGAUGAGCGGUGCGACUGGCUCCAGCGCGCCAGCGUGGCCGAGGAUACCGAGCUGGCCGAGCAGAUGGCCGACAAGUUCUCGGACCUUCGGUGGCUGGAGGCCCAGGUGGGCCUGGCCGCGGAUCUGGCCGAGGCGGCGAGGUGCGGCGACCUGGACAAGGUGAUGGAAGUACUGACGGACGGAAAGCUGAUGCUGGACAAUUGGCGCAGCGGUCCGUCACUGCGCAGCGUGAACGAGGCUCUGGCCGCAGGCAUUGAGCGUACUCUGCAUCAGCACCCCGGCAAGAUUGUCUUCUCUGCCGUCGAUGCCGUACACCUUUUCGGUCCUGGCAGUGCCUUGCUGUGCCUCGAGAACCUGGGCUUCGACGUCCGGCCAGUGGCCGCUGGGGAGGACCUCGGCUGCGAGCCGCCCAAGGCGGCGGCCGCCGGCGGGCAGGGCGCCAAGGAGCGGCCGCCGCGGCAGUGCCUGAUGCCCCCCGACCUCGCGCAGCCGGCGUCGUGCGGGGCCUUCGCGGCGCAGCUCGGGCACAGGCUCGGCGGCGACGUGCUGCACGGCCGCCACAUGUCGCACGAGAGGUGCGACGCCUGUCUGGCGGACGACGUGAGUUGCACCUGCAACGUCACCUGGCAGAACGACUCCGCCUUCGCGCGGCUCUGCGAGGACAUGACAGUGGGCGACGUCUACGGGCAGGUGUACGAGCUGGACUUCACGCGGAGGGGCGGCGGCCAGGAGAAGACGAUCCGCGGCCUCUACCAGAAGUGCUACGCGAGCAGCUGCGACCAGGACAUGGUCGCCCUCCGCGCGCUGCGCGAGUGGCACGCGAGCGACCCCAGCCUGCUGCACGGCAGCGUCGACCUCCGCCCCCGACGCGGGCCUGGCCCCGUGAGCACCAGCCCGGAGCCGGAGCCCCCGGGCGAGGCGCGGCGCGCCGACGCCUGGCCGCCCUGGGCCUGGGCGCUCUUCCUCGGCACCUGCGCGUGCUGCGCGGCCACCCUGGCCGCGAGCUGGUGGCUGAGGCGCGGCAAGCUGGCGGGCCACGGGCGCAGAAAGGCCACCUCUGCGGUGCCGACCGCGCCGCCGCCGCCGCGCGCGCGGGAGCCCGGCUUCCUCGCCGCCGCGCGGCACGGGGACGCGUGGGACGAGCAGCUGCCGCUCAACGCCAGCUUCGGGCCCCAGCAGGAGGGCCAGACCUCCCCGAGGUCGCCGGGCAGCCCGCUCCCCGCCGAUGCGGCCCCGGUUUGGCUCCCGGUCUUCUCCCGCGCCGUGCAGAUCCAGCAGGCGCUCCAGGGCGCCGGGGAGUCCGCCGCGCAGCAGAUGCGGGAGGCGCUGCGGGGCAUCAAGGCGCAGGCGGACUCGUUCCAGCCCAUGGAGAUGGGGACGCUGUCGCCGACGGCCGCGCAGGUCAGGCAGAGCCCGCGCCAGCACGCUGCCCGGGCACGGAUCGAGCAACAGCCAGAGCGGGCGCACCAGACUUUUGCGAGCCAGCCGACCAAUUUGAUCAAGGGCGGCACGGGCAUCGGGCGCUCCAACUCCUGGCUCGCGAUCGCGGGCACGCUCGGCAUCAAAGAGGAGGCGCGACGCGGUGACAGCCUCGCGCGGGGGCUGCGCCUGGCGACACGCCGGCAAGCAGCAGUCGACUUCGGUUGGCUUGGCACGCCGUUCGGCGCCGGCGACGGAGGCUGGGAGCCGAUCGAGGCGUGGCUGCAAGAGCCGAAGGGCGAGAAGGCUGCUCUGGCGGAGGCGCAGAAGCGGCUCGCAAACAAGUUCAAGAAAGAAGGACGGUGCAGGAAGUUCCCGAAGGACGCGAACCGGGCUACAAGGGGCAUCGCGCUCGACGAGUUCAUAUACAGACCUGGCGGGGCGGCGGCGGAGGAGAAGGCGGGCGCGGCAGGCCCGCUGCGGGAGCCGCUGCUGGCGGCGGCGCAGGCCGGCCCCUGCCCCGAGGGCGCGCAGCGCAGGGCGUGGUGCGGCUUGAGCGCGCGCCGCGGGGAGGAGUACGCGCUGCGGGGCAGCAUCCCUCGAGGACGGACGGGCCGCAGGACGGAUCGCGACGCCGUGCGGGAGAACGCGAAGGAGGAUGAAAGGCAGCCGGUGAAGUAUUUGGAGUCGUUCAAGACGUUCUAUCGCACUUUGAACCUGUCCCUGCGCGUGGCCUUCUGGUGCACGGUGUUCGGGGUGCCCGUCUACUCCCAGGUGGUCCACGAGGUCUUCUUCGGGUCAGAGCGAUGCGAGGCGACGCAGCUGGGGCGUUACGUGCUGGACGUCAACGGCGCUGGGCGUCAAGUGCUCGUCCCGUACGAGGACCCGCGGCAGGGGCGCGGGGGCCGGGAGCGGGACGUGUGGUGCGGGUUCGUGCCGCUGGCUUUCUUACAUUAUUGGCCCAACGUGAUCCAGAUGGUCAUCUACACAGUGUACCAGAACUCCGGCCAGACCGUGAUGCUCGCUUGGCAGGGCCUCGUCGGUACGGUUCUGGCGAUCAUUAACAUCACCGUGAUGACGCGCAUUUGGCCACAAGGAGCCAAGGACGCGGGCUACAUCCCGCUCGUCGCAUGGGUCGAUUGUCUGAGCUUGAUUUUCUUGAUGCUCAUCUCCAAGUGUGAAACCAACACCAUCAAGUUCGGGCUGACAUGGCACGUAUUCUUCAUGAUGAGCUACAUGGACCCGCACACUGGUUUGCGCGCCGGCGACCUGCCCACGGGCGUCCCAGGCUUGGAGUGGGACUCUGCGGCCACCGCCGUGCUGCUCACCACCGCCGUCGGCGCGGCCCUGGCGGUGCUGGCCACCCUCCUGCCUUACCCGAUGCUCAACGUCACCAGGAUAGACGACGACGCCCAGAACGUGAUCAACGCCAUCGAGAACAUCUGGGAGGACGCCAUCGUCUACUUCGGUGGCAGGAGCCCGAGCGCGAAGCGCUAUCAGAUUGAGGCCAAGAUAAUGCAGGUGUCAUGCACCAUCCAGAAGAACGAGGGCGACCUUGAGGCAUCUUGGUGGGAGACGUUGGACCUUUUCCGGUUCAAGAACAAGCGCGCGUUGUACAAGGCGUUGGACAUUGAAUUCGAAAAGGGUCGGCGGAUCAACCAGGUGCUCUACGCGAUGAAAGGCUGCAUAAUUGAGGCCCAGUUCGACCAGGACCACAGGAGCUUCAUGGACAGGAGGAUGACGAUGGCGGCGGCAGACCUCAAGCGGGAGGCAAUGGAGAUGCUGCACGACAGCGCCCAUUUCUGCGAGGACGGAGUCAUCGACGACGAUGAGCGCGAGCAGUUGUUGCAGGGCGUGGCUAGGAUCAAGCAUUGCCAGGUGGCACUGCUGCUGAUGUUUGAGGAGAAGCUUGCUGCGAUCGGCGACAUCGCCGCCCACGCCGAUACGGCAUUCAACAACUGCAUCAUCUUUAUAUACUCCUUGUCGGUGUUCGCUUGGCGGGUCAGCGAAUUUGCGGAGAAACACCUCGCUGACAAGACACCGCGCCAGCGUGAGAGCUGCUCCAGGUAUUUGUGCGGGCCGUUUAUCAAUGCUUGGUCGUGUUUGGGCGAGGUUGAGCACCGGAACUUCGCGAUUCGCCAUGCGGGCACAACAUUCGACGUGAACGCGAAGCGGCUGAUCGGCGUGUCGCUCGGCAACGUGUUUCCAAUAUUAAUCAUGGCGGUGAUCAAUCUGUAUAACUGCACCUCCAACGUAAGAGCGGUGUUGCAACCCGUAUCGAUAUUCUUGUAUCUGUUCAUGUUCGAUUACGUACACUUCGCAUCGUACCAGUGGCACCACGUCGGCCUGAGUGCCGCGGCAUUUGGUUGCACAUCCCUCUUCGUGCCCUGCCGACACACACGCGGCACUACUUCCGAGAGCGAGCUUGCGGCGGGGUACGAGCAAGUUGCACAGAUGACCUUCGCCAUCGUGAUCCAGAUCGUUGUGGACAGCAUCAUGAAGUCCAGGAACACCCGCGAAACUGCGAUCGCCCACACGCAUCACUUGGGCGAAGCGAUCCAGGAUGGCUUCCGUGCGUACUUCUCUGGGGGCGACGCGGAGUCGCGUGAGAGUCCAAGCCCAGAUGGGGGUUCCAGCGGUGUGCACUCGCAUUUGGCACAUUUGAGCACGAUGAAGUCGUGCAUUGGCCCUGCGGACAAGUUCCGGCAUAUGGUGAACCCUAAUUUGGCGGUGGUGCCUGGGCCCAGGACACCAUUCAAACAUGAGUUGUACGAGAGCGCCAUCGAGUCGAUGAAACUUGUCGUCAGCGACUACGAGAUGAUCUGCAUGUGUUGCCAGAUUGCUCCGGGCGACGAGCUCGUCUUCAAACAAUGGGGCAGCCUAGAAGGUUUCUUGCGCAGCCUGCCACUGAUGGCGGAGCUCCGGCUCGACUUCAUGUGCGUUCUAGGCCUUACUCGGCGAGCGUUGGACGUUCUUCUGCACCAUGGCACCGAGGACGUCGUCCAGGACCGGGAGCCCGCCGAGAUCGAGGGCAUCGUGCACCUCCACGAGCUCGCGGGCAUGGCCACGCUCUUCGAGCAGGCCAAGCAGAGCGCGGGCGCGGCGUUCUUGCAGCCGGACGCCUCUGCCAACCCGAGCAAGGCGGCCUUCGCCAUCGGCUGCGGCGGCAGCGGCGAGGACCUCGGCUUCGGCUUCCGGCUCACGAGUGGGCGCGCGAUCAGCGAGGUGGCCGCCUCCAGCCCCGCGGCGCAGGCCGGCAUGUCCGAACGGCACCUCGGCUGGAUCGUCACCCACGUGGACGGCCGCUGUACGCUGUCGUCGCCCCCAUCGGCUCACGCCGCGCAGGAGCCCGCGGCCGCCGGCGCGCCGGAUGCUGCGGUGGCGCUGGGCGCCACGCCGCGGGCGGGGCAGCGGGUCGUCGUCACGGCCCGCGCCCCGCAGGCCCUCUGGGCGGACCCGCGAGUGCGGCUGAUCGUCACGCUCGAGGCCCUGCAGAACGCGAGGAAGCACAUCCCGAGGAAGAGCUUCGGCCUGCAUCCGGACGAACAUCCAGUAGGCGAUCAGGGGGCCUCCGGGAGAGACCCUCCGCCGCGCGAGGCGCCCGCGGCGGCGGGCCGCCCGGCGCGCGCGCGCGAAUUCGCGCCCCGGCCGCCCUCCCUUCCGCGCCCUGGCCCACGCCCUGGCCCGUUGGGCCGGCGAAUUCCCUACCUAGGCUCUGCCUAG